CAAGGGCGCCAUACUGCAUUACCAGAGAAGUGGACUGGCCCUAGCCCACAUCAGCCAUGGGGCGCGUGCGUACCAAGACCGUGAAGAAGGCGGCUCGCGUCAUCGUGGAGAAGUACUUCCCAAAGCUCACGCUGGACUUCCAGGUGAACAAGAAGAUCGCGGAGGAGGUCGCGACGAUCCCGUCGAAGCGCUUGCGCAACAAGAUUGCCGGCUUCACCACGCACCUGAUGAAGAGGAUCCAGCGCGGCCCGGUGCGCGGCAUCUCCCUGAAGCUGCAGGAGGAGGAGCGCGAGCGGCGUAUGGAGUACGUGCCGGACCGGUCCGAGGUGGACAUCGAGAACAUCCAGGUGGACCCCGACACGCGCGACAUGCUCAGGGAGCUCGACAUGGACAAGCUGCCCAACAUCACCACCGGCUCCCUGGGGCUCGGGCGGGCCAUGGGCCGGCGCUGAGCGCCGGGCGUGCGCGCGCGCGCGGCCUGCCAUCGCGGCAAUCGGGUGCAGCAUUGGGGGGGGAAGGGCUGAGGGGGGGGAAUGCAUCGACUCCCAACCGCCCAUUCGUCCUCCUCCUCUUCUUCUUUGGCAUCCUCCCAGAGCUCCCCCUCGCCGAGUGGAAGAGAGGACAGGCGGGCGUGGGUCAGCACUGUGAGAGAAGCCCCCAUGUCUGUUGGUGGGGACGGCUCUCAUCCCGAUGCUUUCCCAUGCUGGCGUGUUCUGCCCUGUAG